UGUGUUACUCCGGGGCAGGCACGCGCACACACACACACGGUCACAGCGCUCAGCAUGGGACUCAGCAGCGACCCAAACUUCCAGAAACUGCAGCAAUGGUACACAGCCAACUCUCAGAGCCUCAACAUGAGGCAGAUGUUCGAGGCUGACAAGCAGAGGUUCAGCAAGUUCAGCCUAACACUGAAAACCGAUGAUGGUGACAUUCUUCUGGAUUACUCCAAGAAUCUCAUCAAUGAGGACGUUAUGAAGAUGUUGAUUGAGCUGGCGAAGUCCAGGGGAGUGGAGGCUGCACGUGAUAGGAUGUUCUCCGGCGAGAAGAUCAACUUCACUGAGGGUCGUGCUGUGCUCCAUGUUGCGCUGCGGAACCGCUCUAACACUCCCAUAAAAGUGGACGGGAAAGAUGUCAUGCCCGAGGUCAACAAGGUCCUUGAAAAGAUGAAAGGGUUUUGCCACAAAGUCCGCAGUGGAGAGUGGAAAGGCUACACUGGGAAAUCCAUCACUGAUGUGGUGAACAUUGGCAUCGGAGGCUCUGAUCUGGGUCCCCUGAUGGUGACUGAGGCGCUGAAGCCAUACUCCAAAGGUGGACCACGUGUCUGGUUUGUGUCGAACAUUGAUGGCACGCACAUCGCCAAGACGCUGGCGGAGCUCAACGCCGAGACCACACUCUUCAUCAUCGCCUCAAAGACCUUCACCACUCAAGAGACCAUCACUAAUGCAGAGUCGGCCAAGGAGUGGUUCCUGCAGGCUGCCAAAGAUAAAUCUGCUGUUGCUAAGCACUUUGUUGCCCUGUCUACCAAUGAGCCCAAAGUGAAGGACUUCGGCAUUGACACGACGAACAUGUUUGAGUUCUGGGAUUGGGUUGGAGGGCGCUACUCCCUAUGGUCUGCAAUUGGACUAUCCAUCGCUUUGCACAUUGGCUAUGAGAACUUUGAAAAGCUCCUCGCCGGAGCUCACUGGAUGGACACUCAUUUCCGGACAGCUCCACUGAAUCAGAAUGCACCGGUUCUGCUGGCUAUGCUGGGUAUCUGGUACAUCAACUUCUUCCAGGUGGAAACUCACUGUCUGCUGCCUUACGAUCAGUACAUGCACCGCUUCGCUGCCUACUUCCAGCAGGGUGACAUGGAGUCGAAUGGGAAGUACAUAACCAACCAUGGCACACGUGUGAACUACCAUACAGGACCCAUUGUCUGGGGGGAGCCUGGCACUAAUGGACAACAUGCCUUCUACCAGCUAAUUCACCAAGGAACUCGUAUGGUCCCUGCUGAUUUCUUUAUCCCAGCCCAGACUCAGCAUCCAGUCAGAAACAACCUGCACCAUAAAAUCCUGAUUGCCAACUUCCUGGCCCAGACCGAAGCUCUGAUGAAAGGAAAGACGACAGAGGAGGCAAAGAAGGAGCUGGAGGCUGGUGGAAUGAGUGGAGAGAAACUGGAGAAGAUUCUUCCCCAUAAAGUAUUCCAAGGAAACAAACCAACAAACUCGAUUGUCUUCAAAAAGCUGACACCAUUCACCCUGGGAGUGCUUAUCGCGAUGUAUGAGCAUAAGAUCUUCAUCCAGGGGGUCAUGUGGGAGAUCAACAGCUUUGACCAAUGGGGGGUGGAACUUGGGAAACAGCUGGCCAAGAAGAUCGAGCCGGAGCUGCAGGACACGGCUGAGGUCAGCUCCCAUGACUCCUCUACGAAUGGCCUCAUCAAUUUCAUCAAGAAGAACUUUGCUUGAACACACACACACACACACACACAUAUCCUAAAACAUACUUCACAGGCCCCCUGCCUGCCCUACGGCCGCCUGGGAUUUCUGGAACCUUCCAUCAGUAGCUGUAUAAAACCACUGAGUCUGAAUGUUUUACAUGUGGCCUGAGUUUGAAAUUCAAAUUCUUUAAUAAUAACCACAACACUUCCUGUUAGAAAUAUAUCACCUCAUUAUUAUAAGUGUAAAACUUCCUCAAUCAAUUAAAAUACCACAUUUACGAAACAACA